AGUAAAGCAUAUCGAUUAAAAACUGCACUGUCUAGCUUCAAUACUAUUUAAAUUUUGAUAAAGUAUAUUUUUGGUGAAGACCCCAUAAACAUGAGUAAUGAAGAUAAGACCGACAAUGUGGCAGAAAUGCAGGCGAGAGUAGUGGAAGCUCUUCCGAAAGAGUUACUCUUUAAUACGAGUAUAAAACGGACAAGAUGGGUCUAUAUUGCUGCUGGAUUUCUUUUCGUGUCUAGUAUCUUUUAUAUUACUGCGUUUACUACUCAUGGCUGGGGAUACGUAAAGUUAAAAGACGGAAGUUGGGUAGAGUUUGGCCUUUGGCAAAUGUGCGAUAAUGAGGCACAUUGCUACUCACCAGGAUGGGCAAGUAUAUUUAUCUUGGUACAAGUGAUUCUAUACGGUAUAAACUGGAAAAGAAGUGUUCUAUCCUUCUUUCCAGAUCCAGAGAUAGUUAGAUUAAAUUUUGCUUUCGCAUUUGCUGUCGUAAGUGGUGCUUUCACGUUAAUUGCUGGAAUAUUUGGUAUUAUAGAAUUAAAAGCAUCUCAAAAUCACUUUCGAAAAAAGCAUGGAAAAGAUGAUAAAGAAGAUUUUACAAGAAAUGUACAACUAGAAACAAUAAGAGAGGAAGCCGAAAUUGAAGAGAGCGAUGUAAUAUCUGAAUCAUACUAUUCAGCAACGAGAACUGAACCGCACUGCGUUAUUGAUAAUGAAUACACUGAAGAACCUCAUAUGUUAUUUGUACAGUCGAGAAGACAUGCAGAGCAACCGUUUCAGGCACAUAAGGUAUAUUGUAGAAUGGAAGAAAAAUUACCUCUGCAGGAUUUAAAUCCUGAUUUUACGACAAAGACUGAACUGGAGCAGCAUGAUAAUGUCUUUAAGGAGAAUACAAAUUACGAAGGACCCCCUAGAGUUUCUAAAAAACCGUAUGAAAUAAGAGAUUGGGGCUUAAUGGGAGAAGUAAAAAUUCCAAAGUUUGGAAAUUUAUCAAAGAGAAGAAACGUAUCGUUGUUAGGUUGGAUAACAUUGAUUUUCUUGUUAUUAGCUUUUGCUCUUUCCGUAAUCUCCUUUACGGUACCUGGAUGGGGUGAAACAACUGAACAAGGGGUUAAUGACGACCUCUUCAAAGGCAGAUACGGAGUUUGGUAUGUAUGUUCAAGACCAUUGGAUGGAACCACUGGUAGAGAAGAUUGUGAACCUUUGAAUUUAGUUCAGAAAGUUCCAGGUUGGUGGAAAGGAUGUCAAGCUCUUCAAACAAUUCAGUUAUUUAUGGGGUUAGCAGGCUUAAUAACAGUUAUAGCUUAUACAUGUAUGCCAUCUUUCAACGAAAAUGUAUAUGUUGCUCACGGAUUGGUAUUUUGUUGUGUAGUAGCAACUAUAGCUGGAAUUAUAUCAUGGAUUGUUUUCUCCGUAAUGUUUGUUAGAUCAGCUUGGAAAUGUUGCGAAUAUCCUAUUCAACAUCAGAUAUUUACUUAUUGGCUCUCUUACGGAUUUCAUUGUGCAGUUGUUACUAGUGGAUUUUUUAUACUUUCAUCCAUAACUGGAGCAUACGAAACAAUUAAAAUCAGAAACGGUUCAUAUCAUUGGUAG